AUGGGAAUUACUGACCAUCCCAGGCUAAAGAGAAUGAGAGAAAGCAAGACUGAGUGUAUAAGUCUCAGAAGACCCUCAGAAACCGGGUAAGACAAAGCAGGAAUGUGCAGGAUAGAGGAGUAACUGUAUGGGAAAGAGCAUUGGAGUGACACUCAGUGAGCGAGAGUAGGUCAGAGAGCGUGGAUGACGCCUAGAGCAAGCAUGUAGGAGAGACGGUGUGAGGUGAGCAUAAGACAGCAAGUACGAUAGAAAGCGGAAUAAAUUUAGUGAUUGUGAUACGGAUCGCCAAUCACUGCAGCUCCUACUCCUGUGAGUUCCCCGCUUCUUGCGUCUCUCUUUACCACGUGACCUGCGUAGUCACAUGGUUCCUGUGCCAUUACACGUCCUGUAGCUGUGGGCGGAACUAGCCGCUUCCAUAAGGUAAGAGUUGAAGAAUAUUUCUAUCUGUGUCCGUGUGUAGAUACAUCAUAACUCACAGAGCCAUCUUCUGGAAGGUGAUGGUUUCUUACAAAGACAAGUAAUGUCCUUAUUUUCAGAUUAUGCCAGCUGACUUUGUAUACACUGUAAACAUGGCAGACACGGAAAUUCACCUCUGACUUAGACUGCAGGAACUGAUGUCAAGGCAUUCCAAAUAGGGGACUCCGACAAGGAGAUCUUUAUCUGUCUUAUCCCUCUAUCUACAGGGAUAACAUGUAAGGGCGAUGACUUCGCCCCACUUCUUUUCUAACUGCAGGUAACUCAAAUCAUGAGUGCCUUUACUGGUUUGCUCUAAUUAGCCAACAUGGUAACAUUCCCCAGAUUUGUUUUGCAAGUUUAUUAAUUAUCUGAUUUAUAAUACCAGCUUUCUUUUACAUUCCUUUUGGUAUAGGUCUUGUUAUUGUUAAUUUACCAAACAGACUUUAGUAUUGUAGAAAACUAUGCAGCAUAAUGUAUUAAAUGUGAGAUUACUACUCCCUUUUUGUACUAGUUCAUUGUAUGCAAUCUAUAUAAACUGUUUGUAAGAGAGAGAUUUGUUUAUGCUGAAACACAGUUUGCGUUCUAAAUAUUAUAUGGUCAUGUUAGCCCUGAAAAGAUGAUACACAGAAUUAUUCCCAAGAGAAAAAAAUUUUGAACACCUAAUCCCGUAGAAACGCUCACAAUUCGCUUGCACUUUAACCUUUAGAGUUAUUCAUUUAAGUGUGGAUGCUCCUGGCCCAGAUUUGCUGAAUUCAUCCAGAUCUGUUCGUUCGGACUGAAAAAUCCAAAUGUUGCUCAUAUCUACUGAUUUGCUGAAUUCAUCCAGAUCAGUUCGUUCAGACUGCAAAAUCGUAAUGUUGUUCAUAUCUACUAAACCAGUAGUAGCCAAUGGCUGGUUAGUUAGUAAUUCACUAUCCCCUGGACAAUAGAGUAAACUAAUAAGCUGGUUGUUUACUGUUUAGUACAGCGGUUCCCAAAGUGGGGGUUGCGACACACUGGUAGGUUGCACAGACCCACACAUCCAGGGCUGCUGGGGACUCUGGAGUCAGGCAUGCAAACUGAUUAGUAUGCCGCCGGGCUCCCUCCAAUCAGUCUGCACAGCACCUCGGGUCUGCAGCUUCGCCCGGUGCAGAGCUGCAGACCGUGUGAUCGAAGUCUCGCAAACACCCAGAGCAUUAGCAUGGCAACAGUCUGGGAGCUCGCAAGACUCUUAUUACAUGGCACGCAGCUCUGCACCCGGCGGAGCUGCAGACCGGAGAGUUAACCCACCGGACCACCAGGGAAUUUAAUAAAGGUAGGACACAAUAUGCGCACACUGCAUCCACUACAUACACACACACACACUGCAUCCACUACACAUGCACUGCAAUCAAAUGCAAACAUUACAUACAAACACACCCCUGCAUUAAAACACUAAAAUUAUAUACAAACACCCCUUCAUUCAAACACCAACACUACACACAAAAAGCACACCUGAAUUUAAAGUCCUACACUACAUACAAACACCCCUGCAUUCAGAUGCAAACAUUACAAACAAGUACACCACUACAUUCCAAUGGCAACAGUACAUACAAAUAAUCCCAUACAUACAAAAACAUACUUGCACCAGGGCCCUCUCUAUAUUAGUUCCAUCACUGGGAUAUUCAACAUAAGGUGCCUGGAUGAGCAGGACACAGAACUUCUGAUUCUGACUGUGUCUGUGAGUAAGCAGUUGUAUGCCUCUAAAACUGAUUGCCAUGAUGUGCAAAGUUUCUGCCUCUGAAACUCCAUGAUAUGUCAAAAUUAUGCAUCUAAAACUUUCAUGAUAUGUCAAAUUAUGCCUCUAAAAUUACCAUGAUCUGCCAAUUUUAUGCAUCUAAAGCCGAUUGCCAUGGUGUACCAAUUGUAUGUUUUUAAAACUGAUUGCCAUGGUGUACCAAUUUUAUGCAUCUGACUGUUUGCCAUGGUGUGCCAAUUGAAUGCCUCUGAAGCUGAUUGCCACGAAAUGCCAAGUUUAUGCGUCUAAAGCUCAUUGCCAUGGUGUGCCAAGUUUAUGUAUUUAAAACUGCCACGAUGUUCCAAUUGUAUGCCUCUAAAACUGAUUGCCAUGGUGUGCCAAUUGUAUGCCUCUAAAACUGAUUGCCAUGGUGUGCCAAUUUUAUGCCUCUUAAACUGAUUGCCAUGGUGUGCCAAUUUUAUGCCUCUUAAACUGAUUGCCAUGGUGUGCCAAUUUUAUGCCUCUUAAACUGAUUGCCAUGGUGUGCCAAUUGUAUGCCUUUUAAACUGAUUGCCAUGGUGUGCCAAUUUUAUGCCUCUUAAACUGAUUGCCAUGGUGUGCCAAUUGUAUGCCUCUUAAACUGAUUGCCAUGGUGUGCCAAUUGUAUGUCUCUAAAGCUGAUUGCCAUGGUGUUCACUUUUUAAAAUAUGCAUUAAAAGCAAGUGGGUCUCGAAACAUUACCAUUUUGAAAAGUGGGUCUCGGCCCAUAAAAGUUUGGAAAGCUCUGGCUUAAUAGAUACAGCAUGUCAGGUGGUGACAUAAGAGAGGAUGUUAUAUUUAUUAUUUGUAUGAAGGUCAUAUGAGCUCACAUUUUUUUUCAGUUUAUUUAAUUUUCUGCUUUUGCUAUUCAGACACCACACAAUUUACCCACAAUGUCUUAUUGUGCUGACAAUGGACAAGUAGUCCAGAUUUCAGUAAAUAUAUUAGGUAGAAAGCUGGUAUUCAUUUGAUGUUUUGUAAAAAUGUGAAUUGUAUCUGACAACAUAUCACUAUCUAACAAGUGUCGUCAGUUUAAGAUGCACUAUAAUCAAAAUAUGAAAGACAGGUCCCUUAGCCUUCUUUCUUGUUUUUAUAUUAAUUUACCCUUUUAAAAAAAAAAAAAAUGUAGAGUGAUUAUAAUAUAAACUUACCUCCAUUCCAGCGAUGAGAUCCUCGGCAGGCUGCGCCCCCUUUUUUGUCAAAAUGACGAAAUAGCAGGGGUCAAUCAGACGCUUCUCUUGGAGAAGCGUCACAGCGAUCUGGUUCGUUGAAUGGCGCUUUAUGAAUGUACACUGAUCACUGUACCGGUAUGCGCGUUCGCGAGCUGACUGACGGCUCCACUCGCUGUCUAUGCCCGCCCCCUUCUAAGCCCAAAGUUUGUGUGUACAAACACUAUAUCAAGAGGAGGGAUCGACCGAUUAUCAGUCUGUUGAAGGGAGCUGCUAGGAAGGUAAGUAAGAGCUUGCUGGGCCCCCUCUGCACAGUCUAUGCCACCGGACCACCAGGGAAUGCUAUAUUCCCACUUCCUGGCCAAGUAAGAAACAGGGAGGGUGGACUAAAAAUGUUUUAAAAAAUUUAAAUAUUUAAAAAAUAAAUAAGAAUCCCACCUCCCCAUAUUUUACACACUUAACAUACCUACACAAAUACACACUACACAAGCACACACACUCUGCAUUCAUUAUAUACACACACUACACACACACUCUUAAAAAAAAAUAUGUUCAGUAGAUUUGUGUAGAAAUUUUUAUUUUUUUUUUGUUUUUUUUUUAAAUGGUAAAUGUACAGAAUAUCGGUAAAUUAUCGGGCUGAAAGUUCACAGAUUAUCGGUGUUGGCUCUAAAAAAAGAAAAUCAAUAUCAGUCGAUCCUUGAUAUAGCGAUAUCUCUAUAUUUAGUGUUUGUAUACACACACACUCUCACUCACACUCUCUCUAAAUCUCACACUCUCUCAAUCUUUUUCACUCACACUCUCCCCCACACUCACUCAAUCCCACACACUCUCUCUCUCUCUCUCUCUCUCUCUCUCUCUCUCUCUCUCUCUCUCUCUCAAUCUUUCACUCAUACUCUCUCACCCACACUCACUCUCUCAAUUUCACACACUCACUCUCUCUCAUUUUCUCAUUUAGAAAAUAAGUUUACUUACGGUUUGAAGUCAUUAGAUUCUCCUGCCUUCAGCCUGUCAGCCAGAGCCCACGCGGUGUGCAGGAGACCACUAUCUCCCACACUGUUGGCUCUACUACAGGACACAGGAUGCACAUUCACAGUGCUUCCUGUCUCCUGAUAUCACGUUUGAUGUAUUCAACCAAGCAUGAAGACGUCAAACGUGAUGAAUGCGAAUUAGGCAGCCCUUAGCUCGGAAGUCCCUCUGGUGGCCGUCUGAGGGGCUGCUGUCACGAACGCACACUACUCCAAGAGUGCGAGUGAUGUAGUUGUGGUUGUGAAAGGGUUAAAGUUCACUAUUUGUCUGCACUAGACCGGAAAUAAUGACAAAAUCCCCCUUUAACACCACCCACACUUAAACAUAAUAAUAUAACUAUUACUAGUUUAACGCUGCCACCACCAAGACAAUUUAUAAAUGGGGUGCCUUGGUCCCCCAGGUAAAUCAAUAAUAAAACCCACCAAAUAUUACUUAGUACAAUAUUUAAGUUAUUGCAAAAAUACUAACUAGUCUCCUCAGGUAACGUGAUUCUUAACCAGACAAAGGCAGAACUUAAUAAAUGAAUGUUUAUUAUGAGCAACAAUUAAUCACAGUGCAUAUAAAAAUAUAUGAUAAACAAAUUAUUUACACCAACAAUAGAUAAAAACAAAAAGGAUAAACUCAAAAUUAGAUCUUGGCCCCAAGCAAGUACACAAACACCCUUCAGAAUCACAGGAGAUAUACCCUGUGAAUUGCCACGCCUCAUCCAGGGGUGGAUACUAAGUGACCACCUCCUUUGUUUCAGAAAACAACAUGUCACAUACAAACUUUUGGUUUUAUCUCCUCUACUGUACUUGCCACAGAAAUAAUAAUUGCCUCUAUGAAUUUGUUAUUGUUUUCCCAUUCCAAAGACAUGUUGCACGCCCCGCCCACGAUCCAAUAGGACGGACAUCACAAGUCCUGCCACACGGUUUAAGUUGUGCAACUCAUGUUUGGGCUUAAUUAAAAGAUUGGGCUGGUCUCAUUCCAAAUAUAAUAAAAAUGAGGCUUAAUUAUUAACCUGUGGGUAAGUAUGAAUGUUUCACUUGGAUAAGAUACUGGAACACAAGGAUCUUCAUGAAACGAAUCCCAUUACCAAUUCAAAUGAUUGAACUAUCCUUUACAAGGUACAUGCCAAAUGGAUGAAGAGACAUUCAGACUUUUUCCAAGUGUAGAAUCUCACACCUUGCAGAUCCUUGAUUACUUCACAUCCAUAUAGUAAAAUCCUUUUCACAUUGCUAUUCCAUUCACACUACCCCUUCUGUCAUCUGACCUCUGUGGGGGUCCCAGCUUCAAAAGAUGUAACCCCUGUUGACCUCAGCAAUAGCAUCUCUGUAAUUUGCGCUAUUUACUACACAAAUUACAUUAAAAGAUGAUAUUCCAUAGUGUAAUAAUAAUGGGAAAAUCAGGAGUACCAAUGAUGUGCACAUGCUGUCUCUGGAUGUACAUGUAAGAAAUACAGUUAUAAAUGUAGUUUUACUCUUGCAUUAAAGAGGAACAUGUAGAAGUGAUCCAUACAUCAGGUCUGUGCUAGGUACAGAAGUGAAAUUUUUGAUAAAAUGUUGGUCUAUAUCCAGUCUUGACUUGACUUCUAUACCUCCAGAUGAACAGAUAGAAGGUCGUUAGGUUUCCAACUUAUCGUUUUUAAAGGACCACUAUAGUGCCAGGAAAACAUACUCUUUUUCCUGGCACUAUAGUGCCCUGAGGGUGCCCCCACCCUCAGGGUCCCCCUCCCGCCAGGCUCUGGGGAGAGGAAAGGGGUUAAAACUUACCUUUUUCCAGCGCUGGGCGGGGAGCUCUCCUCCUCCGUUCCUCCCAUCUGGCUGAAUGCGCACACGUGGCAAGAGCUGCGCGCGCAUUCAGCCGGUCUCAUAGGAAAGCAUUUACAAUGCUUUCCUAUGGACGCUUGCGUGUUCUCACUGAUUUUUCACAGUGAGAAUCACAGAAGCGCCUCUAGCGGCUGUCAAUGAGAUAGCCACUAGAGGAAUUGGAGGAAGGAUUAACCCAUUUACAAACAUAACAGUUUCUCCGAAACUGCUAUGUUUAUAAAAAAAAAAAAAAAUGGGUUAACCCUAGCUGGACCUGGCACCCAGACCACUUCAUUAAGCUGAAGUGGUCUGGGUGCCUAGAGUGGUCCUUUAAGGGUAGUUGAAAUUGGAAGGCAAUGCUUCAGAUUGGUGAAGCAUGUGAAUUGCCAUGCAAGUGCUAAUUUGUCCCCAGUGCUGCUCUAGGUGAAGCAUUGGAUUUGUACCAUAGUUUAUCAAUUGUGAUGAUCUUAGUAAGGGUGAAUCGGGCUGCAUUUAGGGCACUCUCAGCAAAGAAAAAAAGGUGAGUUUAUGGGGCGUGGCCUGGCAGCAAAUGUGAGCGGACGCACGGAGACAUAUCUACCCGCCGGCGGCAAUUAAACAACGGGUUAAUCCGACCACAAACUAUCAAAUGGGCAAUAGAAAGAAACCAGGCGCUCACUUGUGCACUCCGGACCGCGGACCUGCUCAAAAAUCCGGCUAUCUGGACAGAUAUUUCCGAGACACAGUGACAGUGCUCAGAACAGGCCUGGAGGACAGCGAGAUGGCACCAUCUUCGCCAUGUGCAUCACCACCGCGCAGCCCUGCAGUACAGGACCAUGCAGUACAGGACCCCCCAGCAGAUCCAAGAAUGGCAGAUAUUAAAGAACUCCUGCAAAAUCUAUCAUCCAAAAAUUAUAUAGCAUCCAUGCAGGAUGAAAUUACCUCUCUGGCGUCUGAUAUCAGGCAAGUGAAUAGCCGGGUCGGGGACCUGGAAGAAGACUGGGAUCAAAUAUUAAGCAGACUUCUAUCCCUGGAGCGUACCCAAGAGCUCAGAGACACCAAACUCAUGUACAUGAUGCGAAGUAAUGAAGACCUAGACAACCGCAGCAGAAGGAACAACAUACAAGUAAGGGGGAUGCAGGAAUCUCAGGGAAACAAGGAAGACCUCCAUGCGUUACUGCAAUCACUGUUUAAAGUGCUUUAAAGACCUGAAGACACACACAUCUUGCUAGAUAGAGCCCACAGGGCACUAAGACCCAGGGGUUUACCCCAUGAAGCCCCAAGAGAUAUAAUAUGCAGGCUACAUUACUAUUCAGAAAAAGAAGCCAUCAUGCAGAGAAUCCCCUGAAAUUAUUUAUAAUGAAGCAAAAAUAACACUCUUCCCUGACCUCGCCUGGCUGACACUGAGAAGGAGAAGAGCCUUGAGGCCGAUUACACAGGCACUUCAGCAAGCCAACAUAAAAUAUAGAUGGGGUUCCGAUUUUCCUUAACUGCUUCCCACCAAGGAACACAAGCCACACUCACAAAGGCAGCGAAUGUGGAAGAAUUUUCCCAACGCCUAGGGAUUCCCAUCAUCGAGAUACCGGAUUGGUACGACAUUUCAGAACCAGAGACCCUGCAAGAACGACAACAAUAACCAAGGGGACAAGCGUCGGACACCCAGAAAAGACCGGCUUGGAAAACACCGCCUGUAUCCCCCUUCUUGAGAUCCAGAAGGCCUCUAAUGACUCCAAGGAGAAUUAACUGAAGGCAAGCACUAAACUGCCGUUGACAAGUCACAGCAAUUAAGGACUGGUACCAUGGUUCUGAAGGACUUAGAUCACAUAAUCUGAACUCUCCUUACUACAUGGGAGUGGUAACUAUACCAUGGUUGUCUUUCUGUACAGGCCCGCGCAGACAAUUUUGUACUGUUAUUUUUGCAUCCUACAAUAUGGUUGUAUAUAGCUAACACCAAUACAUAACAUUAGCCACAAUCUAUAUACUAUGGGGAUACAAGAUAGCCCAAUUCAUAACAAACCCUUCCUACAUACAUAUAAGCUUAUCCGCCGUUUGGGGAGUCAUAUGCUCACCCGCGGUAAAUCCACCACGAUCCGCAGUAAAAUACUUACGGAUUAUAACUCCCACCCUCCUCAGACCUGCUAGGAGUUAAACAGUUCUGAGGCAACUGAUCUAAGCAGGACCACGCCUCUACCACACACCUUGUAGGCCCUGUGAAUGUCCUGAGCGGUACUGACUUAUCUCAAUCCCAGCGUAUCCCAACCUUAACCCCUGAGCCAGUGCACAGGACUGGGCUCACUCAGGGCUAAGUACCGACUCCUUUAAAGAUUCCGGAGAACUCAGGCAAAACAGACACACUUUUUUCUAACACCGAGUUCAGGGCCUCUAAUAUACAAGAGUGCACAAAGCUCUCCUCGGGGGGCACUAGACUUGAAGUUUACGUUUAUUUUCACUGUAAAUAGUUUUCCCACAUGUAUACUACAAUAACUAUAACAAAAGCAAAGCUAGAGGGGUAGCGAUUCUAAUAGGACAUAAAGUCCCCUUCACUUACUCAAGGCACAUCAUAGAUGAGUCGGGGAGAUUCAUUAUCCUGCAAGGGUUAGUGGGCACAGAAGCAAUUACGCUGGUUGCAAUUUACCUUCCAAAUACACACCAAAGUGGAACCUUUAGAAAAAUAAUGGCGAAAGUGAAACAAAAUACUAACGUUAUUCUGAUCAUUGGGGGGGGAUUUCAACAUUUCGUUGGACGCUAAUAAAGACAGUUCCUCCCACAACAGCAAACACUUAGCCGCCACGAGACGUCAAAUGUAACACAUCCUCCACUCCAACCAAUUAAUAGACUGUUGGAGGGUACUACACCCGACAACAAGAGACUAUACACAAUUUUCCGCACCAAAUCAAUCGUAUGCUAGAAUAGAUUUUUUUUCCUGACCUCACAUAGAGAUCUCAGCAUGAUAAGAGACGCGUCCAUAGGCCCUACAACAUGGUCAGACCAAUCUCCAAUUUUCUUUACUUUAAACGUACCAUCGCUCCCACGUCCCAAGGGAUCAUGGAAACUUAACCCAUCUCUGUUACAAACACCAAAGGUCCAAGAAUCAAUAAGAGACACAAUUAAACUAUACUUUAAGGAAAAUAAAACAAUAGACACCACAGCCUACAUACAAUGGGAGGCACACAAAGCAGUGGUACGGGGAGAACUCAUAAAAUGGGGAGCUCAACUAAAAAGAGAAAAAAACAGAAAGAUCAAUGAACUACUAGACAAAAUUGUACAGAUAGAAAAAUCACAUAAACACCAUCUAUCCGACUCAAUCUAUUGCACUCUACUUGCCCUUAGGAAGGAAUUCCACUCACUGCUGCAAGACAAAGCCAAAAAGGCCAUCCUCUGGACAAAACGGUUAUAUUACGCACAAGGGAACAGGUGUGGUAAAUUACUUGCCCAGGCCUUAAAACAGAAACAAACCCUAACUUAUAUCCCCAGAAUCAGACGACCAGACAAGUCUAUAGCGCAUACGACAGAUGACAGCGGAAACUUUCCGACAAUAUUACACCUCCCUAUAUAACCUAGAGGGCAGUGGGAAGGAAACGGGGGAUAUCCAAAAGUACCUUGAGGACAAAUUUGACUCUAUACUCCCAAAAGCAGCAAUGAGAUCCCUAGAGGAGCUGUUCACCAUUGACAAAAUCAAAUUGGCAAUCAAACAGACUCCACAUAAUAAAAGCCCAGGACCUGACGGGUUCUCAGCUACAUACUAUAAGACCUUCCAAUCAGAACUCACCACGCACUCACCACGCACUUACUAGAGGCGAUCAACUCUAUCCCCUCACACAACCACAUACCAAUCCAAGCUUUAGAAGCGACAAUAACACUGCUGCCCAAACCAGGGAAAGACCUAGAAAAUUGUGCCAGUUACAGGCCAAUAUCCUUGCUCAAUGUCGAAAUUAAGAUCUUUACCAAGAUGCUGGCACCCAGGAUUAAACCCUUUCUACAAGGUUUGGUCCACCCUGAUCAGGCGGGGUUUGUCCCAACUAGGGAGGCGAAAGACAACACCUCUAAAAUAAUCUAAUUAACCAUGCGUCCCAAACACGAAUUCCAACCUUACUAUUGGCAAUAGACGCAGAAAAAGCCUUUGACAGGGUGGACUGGACCUUUCUCUUUCAGACAUUAGAGGCAUUGAGUUUCUGGGGCAGAUGGUUACAGUGGAUUAAAGCACUCUAUUCCCACCCAACGGUGCGUUUGAAGGUUAAUGGACAAUUAUCUGAGCCCUUUAAGAUAAAUAACGGCACCCGUCAAGGUUGUCCGUUAUCUACCAUUUUGUUUAUAUUAACUCUAGAGCCCCUCUUGCAGGAAGUACGUAAAAGAUCCAACAUACAGGGAAUCAGGGUCCAGAAACAGGACUAUAAAGUCUCAGCCUUUGCCGAUGACAUAUUAUUCACCCUGGAACACCCCCUGUCCAGUCUUCCCUACCUGACAGAGAUCCUAAAUAGAUACAGCAAACUGUCUAAUUUUAAAAUCAAUGUGGACAAGUGUGAAAUAUUAAAUAUCAACUUGUCAUCUCACCAAAUACGAACACUAAAAGACGCAUACCCCUACCAAUGGGCAAAUCAUUCCAUCAAAUACCUUGGGGUCCAAAUUACCAACUCUCACAGGACAAUUUACAAAGCCAACUUCCCAGAUCUGAACUUCCCAGAACAGCCAUAAAAUUUUUUGGAUAGAUGGAAUAAACCGCACUUCCGAUGGAUGGGUCGGAUAAAUAUAAUCUCCAUGAAUGUGCUCCCACACAUUCUCUACCUCCUCAAUGCUAUCCCAAUACAUGUUCCAGAACAUUUUUUCAAAUCUAUCCAGACAAUACUUACAUCCUUCAUCUGGGCGAAGAAACGCCCACGUAUAGCCUUUAAUUUACUGACAAGACCCAAAGAGAGGGGAGGACUGGGGUGCCCAAAUAUCCAAAACUAUCAUAGGGCAAUACACUUGGGUAGAAUUCUGGAGUGGUGCAGACGAGGACACAAAAAAGCCUGGGUGGACAUAGAACAAGCACAAACACGAACCCCACUACAUGCACUCCCGUGGACCCUGUCCACCCCCGGAGGCAAGAUACCGCAGGGUUUGCCGACCGUUUCCCCCACACUAAAAAUUUUGAAGACACUUUACCUGCGCUCGGAGUUUACACCAACUCCAUCGCCAAACUACCCGAUAUCCCACAACCCUCUAAUCCCCAUAAGCUUUGGUAACAUACUGCAAAGCCCCGGGAAUACCCAGGAGGUAAACAAAGAUGUAACGUUAAGGGACAUAUUCACGGAUAAAGGAUUCCCCCCCCCCCCCAAUAAACCAAACAGGUUCCACCAACGCAACAAUGAUACAACUUUUCCAAGUCCACCAACUUAAACAUUUCUUAAAUACAGAAGGGUUACUACAUUGGAAACCCAGGGAAGAAACUCAAUUUGAGAAAUUAUGCUCCCGCCCGCCCACAAAUAAUACUAUAGCUAAAUGUUACCGCAUAAUCCAAGAAAGCGCAAACAAACAACUUCCCUGGUUUACGAGAGGGAACCAGACAUGGUUUCCGACACACAGAGGAGCAGACCUGGCUCACAAACUUCACCAAAAUGAUGAAAACACACUCUAGCAUUCUGCUGCAGGAAAUUAAUUAUAAAUUUCUCACGCAAUGAUACUUGGUCCCUAUAAAUGCACAUAAAAUCAACGCCACCAACUCUCCAUUGUGUUGGAGGUGCGAGUUGGACCAAGGUACCUACCAACACAUAUGGUGGCACUGCCGGAAAAUAGAGGGCUUUUGGAAGGACGUAGCGAGGAUAGCAGAGCGACUCAGUAAUAUCCCAUUGACCUUCACCCCUGAAACGCUACUGUUCCUAUAUCUUUGAACAAAUUUAAACAGUCUCUUCUCUACUACGUGCUAACUGCCGCCAAAUCGGUCAUAGUGGGACUUUGGAGAACACACUAAAACCCUCUAGAAGGGAUUGGUUUAGGAAAAUAGACAACUUCCAUCAGAUGGAAGAACUGAGAAUGACCGCAAUGGGUAGAUUUGCACAAUACGUAGACACAUGGAUAUCAUUUCUAGAAUCAUAUCCAGGCCCAUGAGGGCACACAGAUGUAGUAACGUAGCAAUGAUGAGGAAAGGAAGGAGAGAAGGGUAAACCAUUUCGACACAGCCCUCACCACUAGAGAUUGAGGUGAAUGCCGAGGGAGCUGCACAAGAGUCAGGAGGGGACCCCAGAAGGGAACUAAUGAAAACUAAUAGCAUCGACUGCUAUCGAGCAGCUAAAGUAGCAAGGGUUGUGUACAAUGUAAUAUUUUGCAAGACCUACUAAUAACAUGUCAGUUCUCUUCAUAUUGUUCUGUACUGUCUGUAUGAACUCAACUAAGUUAUGUAAGAUGUCUAUACUAAGUGAAGUGUAAUAUGUUUCUACAACUUGGUCAAGUCGUUUCCUCAUUUUCUGUAUUUCGCAUGAUCUAUGUCUACUAGAUCAAGUUUUAUGCAAAACUCAAUAAAAAUAAAUUUAAAAAAAAGGUGAGUUUAUUUUAUUAAUUAAAAAAAUGAAUAUUUUGAACGCUAAGGUGUUCCUUUAACCGUAUCCUAAAAUGUGAUGUUACAGUCAGCAGUAUCCAUAACCUCAAAUUUGCUGUGCAAGUGACAUAUUUAAAUGUAUAUCUUAUUUAUUUGUUUGUUUGUUUAUUGCAAGAUGACAUCCAGGGCAAAGAAACGUAUUGUUCUCCCUUCUCGUCCAGAGCCCCCUAGUAUUGAGCACAUUUUGGAGGAUGUCCGUGGCUCUAUUUCUUCUGACCCAGUGUUUACCUGUGAUCUUAAUAACGGUAAGUAAUCCUAACCUGCAAUUAAUUAAGCUCUCCUAGCUGAGAUGCCUUCAAUGACUUUUCCUUUUAUCAUUCAUCUAGAGCAAUUACAUCCUACAUAUGACACGGUCAAUGAAAGGGAGAAGCAAUAUGUGCAGAGCUGCUCUUAUGUUGAAAUGAACAGUAAAUUAAAGGAAGCUCAGGCCCAACUGAAAGUAAAGUGUGAUUCUUUGAGAUGUGCUGGGGAAAAGUUGGAAGGCGUUAUUGAGGAUUUGAAAGUUGCCACCAUGUGA